AUGGCGACGCUUGAAAACGAGAGCGUCAAGCUCAGCGACGGUCGCACACUGUCCUAUGCCAUAUAUGGCAGCCCCGUUCCCCGCAAAACGAUCAUCUACAUGCAUGGAUUUCCUUCCUCGCGCUUCGAAGGCAAGAUAUGGCACUCGGCAUGCACCAAACAUAGCGUACGCCUCAUCGCGCCGGACCGCCCUGGCAGCGGCUUCUCAACCUUCCAGAAAGCCCGCUCCAUACUCGACUGGCCCACCGACGUCAUCGCGCUAGCCGACCAGCUCAAGAUACAUGAAUUUUACGUGUUAGGAGUAUCUGGCGGCGGACCAUACGCGCUGGCCUGUCUCAAGACUAUCCCGAAAGAGAGACUCCUCGGCGUGACGGUAGCCAGCGGCAUAUGUCCCCUCAAAUUCGGUACAGCGGGAAUGCCGGUACCAACUCGUUUCCUGUUUUGGGCCGCGCCAUGGGCUACGGGCCUCACAUCUUUCUUCUUCGACAACACAAUGGGCAAGGCAGCACGGGACAAGGACCCCAAGGUACUCGAAGAUCUCAUGAGCAAUGAGCCCUUCAAGCGACAUCCCGGCGACGUUCUGGCCGUCAAGGAUCCCGCCAACUGGCCUACCUUUGUCGCCAUGACGAGGGGAAGUUUCGCGAAGAGUGGCGAGGGUGCAUCAUGGGAGGCGAAACUGUACGGAACCGAAUGGGGUUUCGAGCCAGAACACCUCACUGUCGUGGACGAUGGGGUGCCGCUUACACUGUGGCACGGAACGGAAGACAUGAACGUUCCGGUGAGUAUGGCAAAGAAGACGAAGGACAUGAUCUCUGGCAGCAUCCUGCACCUCAAGCAGGGCGAUGGCCAUAUGGACUACGUAUUCAGAGAUGCUGAUGAGAUUCUUGGCGAUCUUGUUGAGGAGCAGGAAACUGAGCAGUACGUGACUGUCAGUAGCCCAAUCAGCGUGUAG